AACAGAUCGGUGAAGCAUACCAAGUACUCGGCGAUCCCGAAAAGCGCGCGACCUACAAUGUGAAGGGCAAGGACGCCGCCAAACAAGGACAACAGGCCAUAGACCCUAAACUACUAUUCUCCGUCAUGUUUGGAAAUAAGAGUUUUGCACACCUCAUUGGCGAUCCCGCUCAUACGAUGGACAGUAACCUAGCAACAGCUUCUAGUCCCGAGGAGAAAGCGGCUGAGAAGGAGAGGAUAGCGUUGAUGCAGCAGAAGCGAGAGACCAAACUGGCUCAGAUCCUAACCGCUCGCAUCCAGAGCUAUGUGGAAGACGCCGAGAAAGCAGAGCAACUGGAGAGUCGAUCCGCGCGCAGAGAGACGUUGGAGAAUGUGGAGAAAAAGGUGCGCAAGAGCGCCGAACUAGAGGCCAAUGUCCUCAAGGGCGAACUAUUCGGCCGGGAUCUGCUGAAUGUCAUUGGGUACAUCUACGAGAAGAAGGGCAAGAUGAUGCUCGGCAAACACCACUCCCCUAUUGGUCUGCAGGGGUUCUUCCGAGGAAUGCAAGAGAGUGGGCACAUGUUCAAAGUCAAACGGAAGGUGUGGCAAGGUGCGGUUGAUGCGAGUUUAGAGGAGCAAAAGGCACGCCAUGUGGGACAGGAGACGGUGGACGAAGCCGAGCAGCGCAACGCCAUCUCCAUGUUGGGUAUGUUGUGGCUGGCGUCUGUGGUUGAUAUAGAGACCACGCUGCGGAAAGUGGUGACUCUCGUGUGCACUGAUGAGACCGCCACCAAGAAGGCUCGCAAGCACCGUGCGGAUGCGAUAGUGGUUAUCGGUGAGGUGUUCAACAAGGCAUGAACAGUGUAGCAAGACAUAUAUAUAUAUAUAUAUAUAGUAGGUAGGUUCCGGUGACGGAAGAGUUGUCUCAAUGGCUGGACUUGGUCCAAUGUAGGCCCGAAUUUUUCGCGAAUAUGCGCCAGUUUGAACCGGUCUGUACGCUGACUCCUGCACACACUGGGAACAGCAUAGAACUUAUAACCUCAAAUGUAUUGCUAUAGGCGUAUCAGUACACGCGAUGUAUAACGAUUGGUAUCGAAGACUUUUUGCAUCGAAUAAAUGCAUUCAACAAGCAAAGCAGGCAUUGGUAUAGAUGCACACUACCUUUGACAUCAUGAUUAGUUUAGCUUAUGCACUGUGCUUCAGUUGGUCAGCUGUCGUCUACCAGUCCAGUGGUAGCACCCAACCACCACUCUGUUGCCGAGUCUACAUCGUUACUUGAGUACUAGGGCUGACUGGCGUGCUGUAAGUAUGAUAGAAUACACACGCACGGUUGCAAUUAAAGUAUACUACACUUUAUUCUGUAACGAGAUAUACGGGGAUGGAAACUAGAUAACACAGGCCUUAACCCAUCCGCGUAGCAGGGGUCGAUGAAUGUGAACAAUACUAAAUCUAUACAAGGAUAUGAUUCAUACAUACGACCAACCUAUAGCUGGAGCUACUUGUGCUAUUUGACGCUUGCACGGCGUGUACGUGUAUACAACUGUGGUCAGACUGUAGAGUAGUGGACCCAUUUCCAAACAGUCGGC